UUACUUCAGUCACAUGAACUCUUCUUAUGUCCUUUUCAUACUCUUUUUCAGGAAAACAAACACAUAAAGACAUUAAAAUUCUCUUCUAAUAUGGAUAUCUUUUUUUUAAUUCAUAAUAUUUCAAAGAGAGAGAUAGAAAGAGAAUCCCAUUAUUGUUAGGUUUGAGGCCUAUCUGCAUCUAUCGUGGAUUUCAUAAAGGAUCAGAAUAUCCCGGGUCGGAUCUUGCAUGAUACCAAAAGGGUUUCUCUGAUUUCAUUCUUUUUAUAUUCCUAGUUUAUAUUAAGACAAGAUUUUAUAAGAGAAUGGAUUUCUGGCCAGAGUUUCUUGCAAGCAGUUGGGGCAAGGAGUUUGUGGCUGGAGGGUGUGGUGGGAUUGCUGGGAUCAUGGCGGGAUACCCGCUUGAUAGUAUCAGAGUUCGGCAACAAAGCUCGCCUGCCGGUUCGGCUUUUAGCAUCCUUAAGAAUGUUGUAGCCAAAGAAGGACCUUUUGCUCUUUACAGAGGCAUGGCUGCCCCUCUUGCUUCUGUUACCUUCCAGAAUGCGAUGGUUUUUCAAAUCUACGCAAUCUUGUCGCGAUCGUUUGACUCGUCUACUUGCGCAAACGAACCCCCGUCUUACAAAGGUGCUGCUCUAGGUGGAGUAGGUGCAGGGGCCUUACAAAGCCUAAUGCUUUCCCCAAUUGAACUAAUCAAGAUCCGGUUACAAUUACAAACCCGAAUCCAACAUAAACACAUGGAAAAAGGUCCCUUAAGUGUUGCAAGAAGCAUAAUAACAACCGAGGGUUGGCGAGGAAUGUACAGAGGAUUAACAAUCACUGCGUUACGCGACGCACCAUCACAUGGUUUCUACUUUUGGACGUACGAGUUCAUGAGAGAAAAACUUCAUCCGGGCUGUCGGAAAAGUGGUCAAGAAAGCUUUAACACGAUGCUUGUCGCCGGUGGUCUUGCAGGUGUUGCUAGUUGGGUCUGUUGCUACCCGUUAGACGUUGUUAAAACUAGAAUUCAAGCGCAAACGCCUGAUUCUAUAGUAAAGUAUAACGGGAUUAUCGAUUGUUUCAAGAAAAGUGUCACGAAUGAUGGAUACGGUGUGCUGUUUAGAGGAUUGGGAACCGCGGUUUGUAGAGCUUUUGUGGUUAACGGAGCCAUUUUCACGGCUUAUGAAACGGCGUUACGGGUGUUUUUCAACAACAAUGGCGAUACGAACGCCCUUCAAACAGAUACUCCUAUAUAAACAAAUUUGCAUCAAAGAUAUGAUGUUGAAAGUGUAAUUCAAAGUUAUAGUUAAUGUAAAAAAUUCAAGAAA